CAGUUCCCCACUAGUCUUGCAUCUAGGAGGACCAAAUGUUGGAUGGCUGAGAUCUGUCGGCCAGUCCGAUCAAUCUAUCGAUUCGAGAUUCCUUCUCAUCACAAGCUGCUCCCCAAGUGAGUAUAUAAGUCAGACCAUGGCCUCCGUUCCGUCACGUGGAAAAAUUUAGCGGAAGAAUACCAGAACCAUCACGUGUUACAAUCAAUAAAUUGACCGUUCCAAUUUAGUCUGCAUUGACCACGUGGUGUUAAAUGCUGGGGAGUGCGGCGUUUGGACCGUUUAUAAGGCCAGUCUGGGUAACUAAAAUUUAAAUUUAGCGGGAGGAGUGAGAACAGAUAUGCUAUGGAAUCCUUUGCCUCCUUCCAAGAGGAGCUCUUCCAUGGGGACAACAUGCCCUACUGGGCCUUUUCGCCGGGGCUGGCCUUCGAUCUCAUCGCCGCCGUCCCCGAGCCGGCUCUCGUGGAGCCGCCGGUUGUUCUCAGGAGCGCCUUCACGCUAUACACCAGGAGGGAGAAUGAGCACAUGGUGGGAGACUCGAGCUCCGGAGCCGGUGGUCGUCGGAACAUCCACCGGAGAGUGAUCGACAUGUUAAGAAGGAUUCCCCAGGCCAAAGAGGAAUGCAAAGGAGUAGAGAUGAGCCGUGGGUUUAGGCAUAUGAUGAGGGAAAGGCAGAGGAGGGAGAAGCUCAGCCAGAGCUAUGCUGACCUGCACUCAAUGCUUUCUUCUAGAUCAAAGGGUGAUAAGAACUCUAUUGUGCAAUCUGCUGCGGUGUGUGUGAGGGAGCUGAAGGUUGUGAAGGACCAGCUGCAGAGGCGAAAUGAGGAGCUUAAGUCCAUGAUUUUAGGGAGCAAUGGAAGAACAGAGGAGGCAAAGGUUAAUUUUCGGGUGGCAAAUCCAUCGUCUGCCAUCGACUCCUUGAUUGGAGCUCUUCGAUGCUUGAAGAGCAUGGAUGUCAAGGCCAGAGCCAUCCGGUCUCAUCUCUCUGGCCAUGAGUUGUCUGCCACCAUGAGCAUCGACACAAAGGUAGCGGCUGGUGAGGUGGAAAGAGCGGUGGAAGGCGCCCUAAGAGAAGCAGAGGAGAAGCUUCUUCGCCCCUUUCCUCGAACCCACGGAUGGUCCUAGUUCUGCCAUGUGGAAAAUAUGCCAUUAACCCUCCCAGCGUCUCAUGUCAUUAAACUACUCUUUUCGUACGGGAGGAGAUUGGCCAUGUGACCGUGAAUGGUUUUUCCUGGAAGCAGUCUUGGACGUCAUUUGCGGCUCCGCGUGGACUCUCGGCUUGGGUUCGUCUGCACCUGCGUGUGAGAAGUUUGUGGGGGGUUUUCAAGGAGCAUGUCUCGUUCAUGUCAUUUUUUUAUUUAUUUUCUUUUUUCUUGAAAAUUUCACAUUCUAUGUUGUAUAUAAUUUCAGGUUUAUCCAUUUAAGUCCAAGGUAUUGUAUUAUUGGUUAAUGAUUUCGAGGGUAGGUUGAACGUGGA